AUGAACCAAGAUAUCAAUGAUAAAUCACCCAUGUUCCUGCCAUUGGUGAAUGGAUAUCAAUUGAAUCAGCAGGUGGUUCGUUUGUAUCAGCUCCAAGACCAAAUUGGAAGCGGUGGUUACGGGUUUGUCAUGUCUGCUAUUCAUCGUGAAACACAGAAGAGCGUGGCGGUAAAGUUUAUAUACAAACAUAAGCUGCCUGCUCAGUUCAAUGGCCCGGACGACAUACCAAGCGAGGUCUCCAUUCUCAAGCAAAUCAAGCAUCCUACAGUCAUUGAAUACAUUGAUAGCUAUCAGGAUGAAAUGUAUCAUUACCUAAUCAUGGAACUCUAUGGUUGCGAAUGGCCUUCUUCUCACCAAGCUUCAGACGACAGUAACAGCGAAGACAGCAGCUGUGAAAGCGAUACCUUUUCAGUAACUCCUCCAUCGCUGUGUCAAGACUAUCCUAUGCGACGAAGAAAUUCCAGUGAUCUAUUCGAAUGCAUUGAAAGCCAUACAAAACUGAGCGAAUCGCAGACUCAAAACAUUAUCAGACAGCUUGUGCAAUGCAUGAGCGAUCUCAGCGACCUGGGCAUAUACCACCGUGAUAUUAAAGAUGAGAACAUCGUUGUCGACUCCAACUUUCAGGUGAAAUUGGUGGAUUUUGGCUCGGCUAUUCAAAUACCUUCUGAUCUCCCUGAUCGCGAUCAAUUUACAAUGAACAAGUUCCAUGGCACUAUAACCUUUGCAUCUCCUGAGAUACUGUUGGGCCUCAACUACAAACCAGAGCCUGCUGAAGUUUGGUCAUUAGGCAUCUUGUUGUUUACCUUGCUUUACGGCCAGGUGCCAUUUGCCAAUUCAACGCAAGUUAUAUCCGGUAAUUGGAGGCGGCCAGCUAAAGAACCGAACUGUUCCCAUUCCUGCUUGGACCUGUUGGAUGGAAUGCUAAAGAAUAACCCUCAAAAACGACUAUCAAUUAAGAGUAUCUUGCAUCAUCCAUGGCUUCAAGUUAAAUGUGAACAACCAGCUUAA